AUGAGAAAAGCAGAGUACUUUAGCAAGGACUUCGACUGGGAUGAGCUAAGAGUUCAGGUGGAAAACGACCCGUCGUUCAGCUACCACUUGCUCCCCUUCCAACCCAACCCUAUUUCAAUUUCACUCGUAGAUGAAGCCCAUUAUGCUGCUGCUGGGUCUCACGCAUGGAACGCAUUUCACCACCGGCAUGCCUCUGGCAAGUUCUUCAAGGAAAGACGAUAUCUGUUAGAAGAAUUCCCUGAACUAGUCAACUACAAAGAUAAUUCUAAGGUUUUGGAGGUGGGAUGUGGUAAUGGCAGCACUGUUCUUCCUAUAUUACGUGGCAAUGAAAACAUCAUUGUUUAUGCUUGCGAUUGCAGCAAUGAGGCCCUGGAGAGGGUUAAGGAGACGGUAUAUGCCUGUAACAAAGUAUCUUUCGAACAUCGUUUUCAUCCAUUUUGUUGUGAUUUUUCUGUAACCGCAUUUCCAACAUGGUUGGCCUGCAAUCCUUGUCAAGAAAAUAUUGCACAAACACAGCAGCUGUGCUUUUCAGAUGGUAGAGGGAAAAGUCAAAAAAAUCUUAAUGAUUCAUAUUCAUUGAGUGAAAGUAGAUGUUGCAUUGGUGGGGUUGAUUUUGUUACCCUGAUAUUCACACUGUCAGCAUUACCACUUCAUAGGAUGCCAGAGUCCAUCAAGGAGUGUUUUUCUGUCCUGAAACCUGGAGGCCUGCUGUUCUUUAGGGAUUAUGGCCUCUAUGAUAUGUCUAUGCUUCGAUUUGAGAUGGACAAAAGAGUGGGAUUCAGGGAGUAUAUGCGAUCAGAUGGAACCCGCUCUUAUUUCUUCUGUUUAGAUACUGUGAGGAAUCUAUUUGUGGGUGCAGGCUUCACUGAGCUUGAGCUUGAAUACUGCUGCGUUAAGUCGGUGAAUCGUCGAAAUGGGAAGAGCAUGCGAAGGGUGUGGGUUCAUGGAAAGUUCCAGAAGCCUGUAUGA